AUGCCCAAGAAUAAGGGUAAAGGAGGUAAAAACAGGCGGAGAGGUAAGAAUGAGAAUGAAUCUGAAAAAAGAGAAUUAGUCUUUAAAGAAGAUGGACAAGAGUAUGCUCAGGUCAUCAAAAUGUUGGGAAAUGGACGGCUAGAAGCAAUGUGCUUUGAUGGUGUGAAGAGGUUAUGCCAUAUCAGAGGAAAGUUGAGAAAAAAGGAUAACAAAGCUGAUGUGAUUUUAAAGUACAAUGCAGACGAAGCUAGAAGUCUGAAGGCAUAUGGCGAGCUUCCAGAACAUGCUAAAAUCAAUGAAACAGAUACAUUUGGUCCUGGGGAUGAUGAAAUCCAAUUUGAUGAUAUUGGAGAUGAUGAUGAAGACAUUGAUGAUCUUGUUGAAGCACUGAAAUUGUAA